AUGGUUUCCGAUCCAGUGUACACACAGCGAAGCACUGAGACACUCCUUGACAUAGCUGCCGACGUCAUUCAGAUGCUUGUCCAGGCCGAGCAGACACUUGGAGUCGCUGAAUCCCUAACCGCAGGUGGUGUGAUGGCAGCACUCACCUCUGUUCCAGGCUCAAGUGCAGUAUUCCGGGGUGGAGUCGUGUCAUAUGCAACAUCUCUCAAGCACCAACUCCUGGGCGUGGAUCAAGACCUGAUCGCUACGAUGGGCGUAAUCGACCCCAACGUCGCAACACAAAUGGCCGAAGGCGCUCGCAAAGCCACAACUUGUGACAGCAGCCUAACAGCGUGGGGAAUCGGGACAACAGGAGUUGCUGGUCCUGCAUCCCAAGAUGGAAAGCCUGUCGGCACCGUUUACAUCGGCAUUGCCUCGCCCACUGGCAGCCGAGCUUGGGGUCCCUUCAAUUUCCCCGGGACUCGUGAGCGUAUCCGCGAAGCAACUGUUCUAGAAGCCUUGUCUCGACUGCGUGAGGAGCUUCUUGCUUACCAGAGUAGUGUGAGGAAAUAGAGGAGGAUUCAUGCGUGAUCUACCGUUGCUUUCAUGUCCCAACAUGGGUACAUCAAUUCAUAGUCGACAG